GAUGUAGAAAUUGUUCCCAGGUUAUAUAAAGCAGCAGUGCAGUGGGCAGUGCGGGAUGGAAGCAGCAAUAAAAGGGUGUGUGCCGACAGCUGCCUGGCUCCUGCUCUGGCUGAUGGCUGUGAGCUCCACGGAAGACAUCUGUCCUGAUGUUAAGGUCAUUGAAAUUCAAGGAUCAGACAAACUGACCAUUUUAAGGGGAUGUCCAGGAAUUCCUGGUGCCCCUGGUCAGCCUGGACCCCCAGGACCUGCAGGACCUAAAGGGGAGAGCGGAGCCCCAGGAAUUCCAGGGAAAAUGGGUCCACAAGGAGUUAAAGGGGAUCCAGGAGUUUGCACUCUAAACUCUGCCCAGAACUGUAAGGAGCUCCUGGAGCAGGGUCAGUCUCUUACGGGGUGGUACACCAUCUAUCCACCAGGUGGCGCUCCUCUCACUGUGCUGUGUGACAUGGAAAGUGAUGGAGGCGGCUGGAUUGUGUUCCAGAGGCGUGUGGACGGGUCGGUGGAUUUUUAUCGGGACUGGAAUGACUAUAAGAAGGGAUUCGGAGAUCAGAGCGGUGAAUUCUGGCUGGGGAACGACAACCUUCAUCGCCUGACCUCUCCUGGGAAGGUCCAGCUCCGGGUCGACCUAACAGAUUUUACGGAUGUCCACACUUAUGCCUCGUACAGUGACUUCAGCAUAUCCGACGAGGCGCUCAACUACACCCUGGGUCCGGUCCACUUCUUGGAGGGAUCUGCAGGGGACUCUCUAACCUACCACAGGAAUAACCAGUUUUCCACAAAGGACCGAGACAAUGACAAAGCCAAACAUCACUGCGCCAUAUCGUAUGCUGGAGGCUGGUGGUACGGCGCCUGUCACGACUCCAACCUCAACGGACGGUACCUGAUGGGGAACCACACGAGCUACGCCAACGGGGUGAACUGGCUGAGAGGAAAGGGCCACCAUUACUCGUACAAAGUGUCCGAAAUGAAGAUCCGCUGAUUCCACGAGACUAGGCCGCUUUCCUUUUAUUACUUAUUAACCCUUUCUUCAAUGGACAUUUUCUGCAGCAUUCUCUUUCUAGACAGUCUGGACUACAGAUAAAUGGUUUUGUGGCUGCAGCUCCUAUGCAGAGCUAUGUGUUUCCAUGGAUACAGAUAAACCCUGUGUGGUCUGAUUUUACCAUUCACUCCAUGCCGCCUCCUCCUAUAGCUAGUCUGUAACUAUGGAACACACAGCUCUGCACGGGAGCAGAUUAAUAGUUAAAAGU